CUGUCCCCAUGAUGUGCGAGACCGGCCUGCUCUCCCCGGAGUCCUCCAGCCCCAUGCAGUAUUAUGGAGAGUCUUCUGAUACCUACUACCAUGUUGACCGUUGGCAGAAACUCCGCACGGCUGUCAGGAAACUGGAAUUCUGGGAGAACUUCAAUGCUGAGCUGAUAGGUAGUGGCUUCUUCUCCAAGGUGUAUAAGGUGACUCAGAAUGCCACCUGCAAAGUGAUGGUGGUGAAAAUCUACAAGAAUGAUGUGGACCAGGAGGUGAUCGUGCGUGAGAUCAGCCUGCUGCAGAAGCUUUCACACCCAAACAUUGUCAGGUAUCUUGGGAUAUGUGUGAAGGACGACAAGCUGUACCCAAUUUUGGAGUAUGUUAAUGGCGGGUGUCUGGAAGAACUCCUGGCCAGCAAGGAAAUCACUCUCACCUGGAAGGAGAAGGUAGACUUGGCUUCAGACAUCACAAGAGGGAUGAUCUACCUGCACUCUAAGAACAUCUACCACCGGGAUCUCAACUCCAAGAACUGCCUCAUUCGAGUGACACAGCGGGGCCGGGAAGCCUUGGUGACUGAUUUUGGCCUGGCCCGGGAAGUGGUGGAGCUACCUGUGAAGGACCCAGAGAGGAAGCUGUCUCUUGUGGGCUCUGCCUUCUGGAUGGCACCUGAAAUGCUGCGAGGGGAGCCCUAUGACAGGAAGGUGGACGUGUUCUCGUUUGGCAUAGUCCUGUGUGAAAUACUGGGCAGAAUUCCAGCUGAUCCUGAAGUGCUGCCCAGGACUCAGGAUUAUGGCUUAGAUGUUGCCGCCUUCCAAGAAAUGAUCAGUGAAUGCCCCAAGCGGGUUGUGGACCUAGCUGCUAGCUGCUGCCGGGUGGAAGCAUUCAAGAGGCCGUCUUUCUCUGAACUCCUGGAUGAGCUGGAAGAUGUAGCAGAGAGCCUGGAGCCCAAAAAGGACAAUCAGCUGUCUGGAUGAUGUCCCAGGCUCUUCUGAGACCUGGCAGAGUCAGACUCAAACUGUAAAUUACCUGUACAUCCAAUAUUUGCAAGGGCAGAAAGAGCAAGGGUGAAAGAGCAAAGCAAUGCAAUGGUAUUUAUUUAACUGCAUUCUCAUUCUCUGGUUUCUCACAUUGAAAAUGUGGUUUAAAAAAAUGCAAAGGGGCAGGUUUCCUGGGGUAUUUUUUUUUUCUAGCUGAGGUUUUUAACAGAAACAAUUCAGACUUUAAGUAUUUUGUUGGGUUUUUUUUAAAGGAGGAAGUACUAAUUUCUGUUGUAAAUACGGGAGAGAGAUUUCAGGUUGUGACCUUGGAGGGGAUGGUGAAUGCCUAAAUUCCAGUGAGGACAUCUUCUGAAGUCCAUGAAGAGGAGUGGCGUUCUCCCACCUCUUUCCUAACAUCCAGCCUUUGUCUCAUUCUUCCAGCCUCUGGCUCAACUGUCUCUGGAGGCUGUGGGAAAAGGCACUGUUUAACAGAGAGGGGCUGUGUGGCAGAAUAUGAGCCAAGAAAGUCGCCUUACAGCACAAAGCCUUAAAACACCUGUCCAGUAGCCUUGUAAGGAGAAUAUACAUUCCAUUUUGUCUCUGGUCAUGUGUCCUCCUUAAAGCACCAGCAAACAUCCAGCUCUCCCAGUGUUCCCCAGCAUUCCUACUGCCUCUGUCAGGGGAUUUUGGGAGGUUUGGGGGACCCCAGCGGACUGAGGAUGGAAUUAAAUUUGCCUGUUUGUGGGACAUACCACUGCAACAGGGAGAUUUGCCUUAAAACGAUAAGACAUUAACUAACAAACUAAUCUAGACCCUCAGAGACACUCCAUCAGAAGGACUUGUGUGUUAGAUACAUACCUGAACUGGCAGAGCUGCUCUGCUUGGUACAGGAGUGCUGUAUUAUUAUUUUUUUUUAGCAGGCAGCUGUCCAGGUUUCUUGCCCUGAGUCUCCUCUCUCUCUCUCUCUCACUUACUCAAUACUCAACUAAUGUGUCUGUCCCAGUCUCCCCCAACCCUCCCCUCCCCAUGCAGACAUAAUAACAAGCACGAGGAUGAGUGUGGUGGAGGUCCCCUGUCAGUGAUAAGUAGGGGCAUGAUGUGGACCAGUCUCACAUCCCAGCCUUUGCUUGGCAGGUAGUACUGACCAUUUCUUCCCAGGAAAGGCCCUACAAGAUUUGUGCUGGGGACAGGACAUAAUGCCCUUUGCACUGAAGUUGUAGUGCAUUAUGCUGUGGGCCUUGAGAUGAGACAGAAGGAGGUUUCUAUCAGAAAUGCAUCUGGUGUUUUUAGUGAGGCUGGCAGCUCUGCUGUCUAUUGGCUUAGGAUCAGCUUCAGACAUGGUUGCCUUGCUGCUUGCAGCACGCUUAUCUUCAGUCCUAGAGCUAAUGCACACAGGUAGGGCUCCCUCAUGGGUACAGUCAUGCAUCCACUUUGUUUCUACCUUGCAACAUUUAAAACCCACCACUCCCCUAAGAGGAAACACAAGCAUUAGCAGAUGUGUCCCACCCAGUGCCCUGAGCUCCUUGAGCAGGGGGUUGGACUAGAGACUAACUCUACUUCUCUAGGAUUCUUUGAUUCUGUGAACUCUACCAAUGAAAUCCUUUCAUCAGUCUUGGGCAAGACCCAGCAUCUAAUUGUGAUCUAUAAACUCUUCUGAGGACAAUUCCCAUAACAGGUUCAGUCACAGUUUAUGUACCAGUGUUGUCCGGCAUCCAUAUUGUCCAUGUGAGAGUGACAGGGACAGUGCAGUGCUGGAGACAGCCUGGAUACCUAAGAAAGACGAGCAGCUCUCUGGCUGAUGCCCCAGGCCCUCCUGAGCCCCAGCAGUCAGACUCAACUGUAAAUUAUCUGUACAUCCAACAUGGUAGAACUGCAGCCCAAUGGCUGCCUGGGUGGGUUCUGUUGAUGCAUUAGUCAGGGUUGAUGGUGCCAUGGCUAAAGUUCAGUGACUUUUCCAUCUGGAGCAGGAAGGUGUCUUUUACUGAAGGAAGGAUUUGCACAGGUUGAACCCUCAAGGCAAUAUGGGGAAGCCCAUGGGAUUGCAGGGCUUAGGGGGUUGAGCAGAGAAUGAUACCUAUGGUCUUUGGUCACUGCUCCUGGGAGGUGGGAGGCUGGGGGCAGUCUUCUAACCUAGCUGUGGCUGUUUCUUUGUCUGCAUAGCAGAGGAUGACCCUGACUCAUUUUGCAGGGCCACUGGGAGGAGUCCUUAAGCCACAGGGGUAAAGUACUUUGCAAAAACUAAGGGCUAAGUGGUUUAUUUCUCUGUGGGACAGAUACUGCCUAAGGUGGUUAUAAAGCAGUCAUGGAAGCAGUUGGAAGGGGCAGCAUGGGCUGUGGCAGCAGGGAUUCCACACUGGGGAAGGAGAAAGGAGUGAUUAAUUGUUAGCAACUUCAAACAAACUUUCCUGUUGUAAAAAAAACUUGUAAAAGAAAGUGACACUUGAUAAAUACAAUCCCUGAC